AUGGAUUUGGCGGAUAGUCUACAGUAUGUUAAUGAUGCUCAGGAACUUUGGAAGGAGCUUGAAGACAGAUACGACCAGACGAAUGGGGCGAAAUUGUACCAAUUGCAAAGGGAGAAAAAUGAAUUGAGUCAAGGAACCCUAGAUAUCAUGGGGUACUAUACUAAGAUGAAGAAACUAUGGGAAGAACUGAACACACUAAAUGCACAUGCUCAGUGCAAAUGCAAUUUCACAUGUGGUGCUAAAGCGAACAUACAGAAAGCAAAACAGGAUAGAAGGCUGAUUCAAUUUCUAAUGGGACUAAACGAAGUUUAUAUUGUGGUUAGGGGGAGCAUUUUAAUGAUGAAUCCAUUGCCCUCACUUGCACAAGCCUUUUCAAUUCUCAUCCAAGAGGAGAAACAAAGAGAGGAAAAACCAAACAAUCAAUUGGAAGAAAAUAGAACUGGAAACAACAACUAUAGAGGAGGACACUUUGGGAAUAGGCCACGACCUUUCUAUGGCUAUUGUAAGAGACAAGGUCACACUAAGGCAAGGUGCUACAAGCUACACGGCUAUCCCCAGGAUCCAAGGCUCAAUAAAGGAAAGAGAAUUGCUGCCAACGUACAUGGAGGACAGGGAGAGAGUGCUAUUGAAGGUGCAGAUGGAAGCAAUGGUAUUUCAGCUUGUUCAACUCAUUUUGAUUCUGAAUCUGGCUCAUAUGAAUUUUCGAAGUCUAUUACUGACUCUUGGAUUCUUGAUUCUGGGGCAUCAAACCAUAUGACCUAUAAUAAAUCCAUGCUAACUAACAUAAAGACCUUAGUCUACCCUUUUCUAGUUACUUUACCUAAUGGCUAUAAGGUGAAAGUGACACUAAUGGGAGAUGUGGUAAUGAGUCCUAAGUUCACUUUGAAAAGAGUCCUCUUUGUCCCUAGUUUCAAGUUCAACCUAAUCUCAGUUCACUGUCUGACAGUUCAAUUUGAUUGCUUUGUCAUAUUCACCAAAUUUUUUUGCAUCCUUCUACAAGACCCUUCACUGAAGAGGCCUCUGGCAAUUGGUGAAAGUAAGGAUGGUCUGUACCUUUACAAAACAGAUUCUUGCAAGUCCAACAAUCCAGAUUCCUGCAAGCUUAAUUCUUUAGUGUUUGAUAAUUCAUCUAGUGCAUCAAAUAAAGGUGAUGUAGUCACUCAGCCUACUUCAUCUAGUAUAACCAGUGUCAAUAGCAUUAGUUCUCACCCUACUUCACAUACUGUAUCUAGCUUGCAUAAUUCUGUUUCUCCUGUUGUGACCAAUUCAUACACUUAUCACAUGAAUGUAAUAAACUUGUUACCAACUCUUAUGUGUAAUCUAAAGUAA